GAAACUCAAGAUGAAUCAACCACCGUCGAAAUACAUAAUCACAGCUUCAGAGGCUGAAUCAAUGGCUAGAUCUAAAGGUCUCAGCCUCCCUCAACUCCUCCCAUCUCUCGUUAAAUCAGCUCAAGAUCUCGCUCGUACACCGAUCUCCAAUUUCGCCGUCGGUGCCGUCGGAUUAGGUUCCGAUGGCCGGAUCUUUUUCGGCUGCAACAUCGAGUUCCCUGGCCUUCCACUCCACCACUCCAUCCACGCUGAACAGUUCCUUAUUACCAACCUUGCCGCCCACGGCGGUGGCCCUAAGCUACUGCACAUCGCCGUCUCGGCGGCUCCGUGUGGCCAUUGCCGGCAAUUCCUACAAGAACUCCGGAAUAUCUCAGAAACUCAGAUCGUAAUCACCGAUCAACCUGAAGAAAAUCCCGAUUACAAACCUAUUUCAUCGAUCUUACCAAAUCCUUUUGGUCCUUUUGAUUUAUUAGAUCAGGAAACGCCUCUAAUUCUCGAGAAACACGACAAUCAAUUAUCUCUUAAACACGAUUCAUCGAUCAUCCAAAACGGAAUCACACCGAAUUUGUCAAACGGAAAUUGCGAAUUGAUUGAUACGAACGAAGAAGCUUUGAAGACGGAGGCGUUAGAGGCGGCCCGUCGAUCACACGCACCGUACAGUAAUUGUCCAUCUGGUGUUGCAUUGAUGGAUUGUGAAGGGAAAGUGUACAAGGGCUCGUAUAUGGAGUCUGCAGCGUAUAAUCCGAGCAUGAUGCCGGUACAGGCGGCGUUGGUGGCUUAUAUGGUGGCCGGCGGUGGCGGAUAUGAGAGGAUAGUGGCGGCGGUGAUGGUGGAGAAGGGAGGAGCGCCGGUGAGGCAGGAGGAUACGGCGAGGUUGAUGAUGAAAUAUAUUUCACCAAAAUGUGAUUUUAGAGUUUUUCAUUGUGUUUGAUUUGAUCCAAAUCAAUUGGAAAUUUGUGACUCAAAUUGUUCCUCAAGUUUUUCGUUUUAUUGGAUAUCUAAUGCUAUUAUUAAUUUAAAAAUUAAAUUAAAUUA